CGAUCCACAUAGCCGCCGGCUGUUUUCGUUCUCCGGUGAAGGUGAAACAGUACGUGAGUGUAUGUGCUCGUCGAGGAAGAUGGAUGGGCGAGGGGGGUGCUGUAUUGCGAGGUACACGGGAGGAGCGGCGUAUGAUGCGUCGAAAGUGGGGAGAAUAAUGUUGAGAUUCCGGCCGAUCGCCCCGAAACCGGCGGCGGAUGGAUCUGUUUCCGGCGCAUCUAGUGUCGCGGAAAAUAAGGAGGUCCGUACAACGGCCGCCCGUAGAAAGCGGAGGUACGUUAGAGAUAUUGAGUCUACCGGAAAAACGGCGACCGGCGUUAACCCUAACAGAAGGCCUUGUAAGAAGAGGAAGGCGGUGACGGCGGUGACGGAGGAGGAAAAGGAAAACGAGUCUAACGGUAAGACGGAGUCCGGUGGCUCGUCGGUGUCCAGUUUGGAGAGAGAGACGGUUAUCACUCUGCCUUUGCUGCCGGAAAAACCGGAACGGAAGGAUUUCCCGGCGACGGAGACUCCGGCGAGGGAAUCUAAGAAGCAAGAGCAGAAGGAUCCGGUCUGGUUGAGCUUCGGUAACCAACUCCAACAACCGCGCGAACCGAGCGAUAGUCAUCACGUGCCUAAGCCUAGGCACGUGCGGUACGGCGUGGGCCCAGCGAACACCCCGCCGGCCGCGAGCGUGGUUGGCUCGUGGGUCCGGGUGGAGUGCAUUACCGGCACGUGGGUCGACCACGGCAACUGCUUAGGCCGUACGGACCAAGAGAAAAUAAUAAACCUCGACCGCGACACGUGUCCGGCCUUCAUAUCCGACGGCCAGAACAGAGUGAGGUGGGCCAACGCCGCCUACCGUAACCUAUUGGGUCAGCGCGCCACCGACGGCGGCGAAGCGGUGGUGUGCGUGGUGAUGGGCGACGGCGUACGGCUACCGCCGUCCAGCCCGGCGGCGUUCACGUGCCGUGUAAGGGUGGUCACGUGCGGGAAGGAGAAGAGCUCUAAAGUUCUCCUCUGUGAUGUGUGGAGAAUGAGCGGCGGCGGACAUGCAUGGAGGUUAGAUACAGAGGCUGCUCUAUCCUUAUAGGUACGUGAAAAUGUGAAAUACAAGCUAAGGAUUAUGGAAUGCAUGGAAUUAAUCCAACAGUCAACAACGUACGCAGGGGAAAGAAAAAAACCUUUGUCAAAUUGUAAAUAUUGUUUGUAGUUGUGUGACAGAAAAAUUCACAACCAUUGCGUACUGGAGCUUUGGAAUGACCGUGAAUCUGCAGUUUUACUUUAAUUUGGUGGUUUGCAUGUGCUUUAGAAUUUGUUCAAAGAGUUUUUUAAGUAUAAAUGGAAGAUGACUGUAAGAUCUAAUGUACCUUUUUAAAAUCUAGCUAACCAGGUUGCAUUUCCCUUUUAAA